AUAUGUCUGCUCUUUGCACCUCAAUAUCUCACUUCAACAUAUCUGAGCUUUUCACCUACACACAGAUGAGCUUCAACACGAACUCUUUACUGUUAGCACAGAGUCCAUUCCAAACGGUAAUCUAGCCAUCACACACAAGCCGAGUCAAUGUUCGGUAAUGCAUUUGGCAAUCGGGGUUGCAUGCCUCGCCAUCGCGGCAGCCACCUUCGGGAACAGGAGGGAAGUCGUUACGCUGCCGCCCGUCGGCUGAAUCAGCGAGCCAUCAUCCAAAGGCACAUGGGGAGCCAGCCAGCCGAUCUCGAACGGUACCCGGUGAAUAUGGGACGGAAUCCAUACGCUGAGAACCCCAUGAUUGCAUAUCGAAGAAUGCAAGCCGCAUUAGGCCGGUACGAUGGAGUUGGAAGUGGGCUCGGCGGUGGACUUGGAGGUGGACUUCGAGGUGGACUUCGAGGUGGACGUGGAAGAUUAUUUGGAGGCACUGGACGAGGGCAAAACCAAUUCAUGGGCUUCGAUGACGACGACAUGUGCCGUCGCGGACGGAUGGGGCUGAUGCGGAGGCCAAUGUACAGCAACUAUGUCGACAUUGACUCCGACGAUGAGGACGAUUAUGACUACGACUCCGACGAUGAUGAGUCAUUAUACUUUAAUGAAUAUGACGAACCCUUCCUUCGAUCACGACCAAGAGGUCUUGGCAGGUAUUGAGAGGGCCGGGAAGAAAAAACAUAAAGACAUUGUCGUUGAUCGCUUCGCUCGCGCUUCGCUCGCGUAAGAAUACAGCUUGCAAACUCCUUGAAAGGCAUACUACUAUGCUACGAGGCACUGCAAAUAC